AUCUUCUUUUCUGUAUACGGAGAAGCAGAACCCUUGCUUCGCAUCCCUUUCAUAGGAGAGAAAUUAAAGCGCGCGACCAUCUUUCCACUCGGGCGACGACCUGUAGUCUUCUCUUAAAAAUGGAUGCCCUUAUUGCAUUAUUGCUUUUCCUUUUCUCCAGUCCGCUAAAUGUUUUCGAUCUAAAACCUCGACAGCAUCAAAGAUGUUUCUUCUGGACGCUCUCAGAUGCAUCCUAUGCUGCUGCCAGGAUGAGCAAGAUCAAGAUUUAUACAGCCACAGAAACAAUAGGGAUUAUACUUCUCUUAACCCGCCGAUUCUUAGUAGCCGAUCAUCGUCGGAGAAUCAUGUAUAUCGUGAUGAAGCUCGGCCUCCUCUCCCUCCCGCUUGCUCCAUCGUCAGUUCAAGAGGAAAUUCGAAGUUUUUAGAUGAAACCAGCAGCCAAGGCGAUGGAAAUCGGAUUAACUUUACCAACUUCUAUUCUCCAUCUUUUUCUUCUUCAGGUAGGGAUUUCUCAAAGCCUCCUGCGUUGUCGGGUAAACCUUUCUCUUCUCCAGUUUCUUCUACAAACAGCAAUGUUUCAGUGGCCGGGCUUUCAAUAUGCCCGGAGAAGUUACAAAUCAAAAAGAUUUCUUCCACAUACGCUCCGGAGACACCGAAUACAGCCUCCCCGCUGUCGAAAUUCCCUUCUUCGCCUAUUUCUUCGUCUACUUCUCCUUCUCCUCUGUCACAGAAGCCCUCGUUUGCUCCAGUCUCGUCUGCAAACACUAAUGUUUCAGUGACGGGGCUUUCAAUUGAUCCCGGAAGGCUUCAAAUCAUGAAGGGUUCUGCUAGAGCCUCCCAGCUGUCGAGUGUCCCUUCUUCCACUAUUUCUUCAUAUGCUGCUCCUGCUCCAUCGGCAAAGAAGCCCUCCUUGGCUUCUGUCUCAUCUACAAUCAACACAGUUUCGGCCGUUGGGCCAUUUGGCCCGGAAAAGCUAGAAAUCUCGCCGGAGAGGACAGAUGUAGCAACCCUGUUGUCCAAAAAUGGCUCUCUCCACACUUCUUCCCCGACGAUGAACUCUAUUUCUCCAGCUGCGCAAGCAAAAGUAUGUGCAUCAAAAAUGCCUUCUUUGGCUCCCGUUUCAUCUACAAACAGCGCAAGCUCGAAAGCUCCUGUGAGAGUUUGGCAGGUGAAGUCGCUAAUCACCCCAGAUUCUACCACAAAGUUGGCUGAAAAGCCAACUUCAUCGUCCCCAUCAAUGCCUCCUUCGGUUCUUAUCUCAACUGCAAAUAAUCCGGUUACUUGGCAGAAAAAAAACCAAACUUCGAUUGAGCCCAGCAGAGAAUUUAUACAGAAUCUACCAAUAUUGUCUCCAUCAUUGAUCAAGGUUGCUAGUCCUGAUAGUAGCUCAUCAUCCAAUUCUUCUUCUCCAUCGUCAUUGCUGGAGUGUGGGAUAAGUAAUCGGAGAGUGCUUCCGAAAUAUGAGAUUCCAAAAUUCCUUGAAAAGAUGAUUAGGAAUGAUAUUGUGCCACCGGUUCUCACCUGUCCAGUAUCCCCAUCAACCUACUGCGACUUUUUUGCCACUUUGCUCUAUGCCGAGGACUACUAUAUUGAGAAAUGGAGUGAAUAUCUGUUGGAGGGGAUCACACUGGAACUGCGCAGUAGAAUCAACCCAACAAAUUCACAACAGAGAGAUUUUGUAGCCUUCAAGAUUGUUUCAGUUCCUGAGAAGCGUCCAUAUCUUCUAUCAAGAGAUUUCGUCUUCUUAAAGCCGCUAAAUGAGAUUGCUGGGCCUUUCAAGGGGAGACUUUUCCGGGUGACGAAGGGCAUUAUUUUAGUUGAAUUUGGGGAAGAUUUCCAUUCACAGCAUUCUCCAUCCAAAAGAUACGAUGUGAACUUCUCUUUCAACAGGGUCUGCCUGAAGCGAGCCCACCAUGCCAUAUCAAUUGCAAGUGAUCCUUCUUUUCUUAGUGUCCUCUUCCCUGAUCUAAUCGUCCCUUCUGACCCUAACACUUUCCACCUCCAUGAAAACGAGCUUCCAUUUCAUGAUCAUGCAAAAAGGAUUUUGAAUCAUAAAGGCCCCAUACCUUAUCUCGUGAAUGGGCAGCUGGUCAAAGAGGGGAGGCCUCCUGAUGAAAAGCUUUCGUUCACCGGGCUGAUUAUUCAAGUAGCACUGCUUAGUAUUUACAGAACUAAUCCUGGCUGCAGAAUCCUCGUAUGUUCUCCGACCAACAAGACAUCUGAUCUGCUGUUGAGAAGCUUGGGGAAACAAAUACCGUUAACUAGUCUUUUCCGAGCUAAUGCUGCCUACCGAGAUUACGAUCUUGUGCCUGAUGACAUAAUUCCUGCAUCCCUGUAUGAGGAAGAUGAAGAGUGCUUCGCAUGUCCUCCACUUGCAGAGCUCACAACUUUCAGUAUAAUAACGUGCACCUUUAUGAGCAGCUUCAGGCUUUAUGCUGCAGGGAUUGAUACUGAGCAUUUCACGCACAUCUUUUUAGUGGAUGCUUCUUUGGAUACGGAGCCUGAGGCAAUUGUUCCUCUUGCUCAUUUGGCGAGCAGAAACACAGCCAUUGUAGUAACUGGUUGUGCAUACACAUAUCCUUCUUUUGUGCGAGCUGAUAUUGCUCGUAUGCAUGGAUUGAAAAAGUCUUACUUCCAUAGGCUUCUCUCGAUGGAACCGUAUAUGCGCAGCGAUUCAAAUUUCAUUUCUCAUCUUUCUUAGAUAAAAUUACUCGUUGCACUGUCAUGGUUUUGGUUUUCUUAAAAGUAGCAGUCUAGCACUGUUAAACAGACUUUUUCUUAAGUGAUAAGAGUAUUUCAGCUUCACUACCAUUACAUUCCAGCUGAACCUCUGUUCUGCCGCUUGUCAAAGAUCGCCGCCACUUCCACUGCACUCCAGCAACCUUUCUACUUUAUGUAACUACCUACUGUACUUUAGUUAUUGUAUCUUUUUACUUGUACCUAUGUAUAUAUACACCUAUUGUGCUGGAAAAUUAUUACGUGCGUUGUCUGGAUUUGUCCGGAGACGAAUUUGGAUUCUCCACGUCACCCGGGCCCAAUGCAUCCGGGUGACGUGGCGCGUCCGGUUUCGACUCCGGACGUUCUAGACUUCGUACGUAAUAACCUCUCGAUUGUGCUAGAGUAAAACUCAAUACAAAUGAAUUACUUUCUGCUUA